UUAUCAGAGAAAACAAGCCACGAUCAAAUCUUUAAAGAAGAAGGCUUUGGACAAAAAUCCAGAUGAAUUCUAUUUCAAAAUGGUCAACACAAGGUUAAAGGAAGGUGUGCACCAAAAUGAUGACUCUCCCCCAGCAUAUAGUGAAGAACAGUUGAAAUUGAUGCAAUCCCAAGAUCUAAAAUAUAUCAAUUACAAGCGAAGCACUGAAUUGAAGAAAAUAGAAAAGCUAAAAGGAAGUUUGCAUUUACUUGAAGGUGAAGAAAAACCAAAAAAUAAGCAUACAUUUUUUGUAGACUCAAAGAAAGAAGCAAAAUCGUUUGAUGUAGCCAAACGUUUCAACACUCACCCCAGUUUACUUGGGAGAACAUACAACCGCCCAACCUUGGACAUGUUGAAAACUCAAACAUAUCAGAGUGGUCUUGACCAAGAUACAGUUCAGGAAUUUGCAGAGGAACGAAAGAAAAAAUACAAGGAACUUUCCAAAAGGAUAGAAAGAGAAAGACACCUUCAUGUAAUAGCACAGAAGAUGGAAAUGAAGAAACUGUUAAUGGACAAAAAAGCCAGGAAAAAGAAGGUUGCUGAUGAGACAAAGGAAAUGGCUGCUGUGUACAAAUGGAUGCCACAGAGAAAGAGGUGACCACAAGGUGACGAGGAAGGCAUGGAAUCUGAAGCUUAUUAAAUUGUUUUUUUCCCUAAGAACAAUAAGUUUAAAGAAAAAAAAA